AAUUCAUCAUACUCUUCAAAACUCUCUCUAAACACAACCAAUUCUUCUACUUAUUUUUUUUCUUCCUAAUUUUCCUUUUCUCAUCAAAAAAGACAAAACAACACACACACCAAAAAAAAAAUGGAAGGAAGUAUUAGUAGCAUAGAUCAAGAGAGUACUACUAGUGACUCUCUCUCCAUUGCUCCGGCCGCGUCGUCAUCGACGAUGAUUAAAUCGUCGACGACGAUAAAACUGCCGCCGGAGAGUGGUCUUUGCCGGAUGGGGAGUGGAACAAGUGUGAUAAUUGAUGCUGAAAAUGGUGUUGAAGCUGAAUCAAGAAAACUCCCAUCUUCAAGGUACAAAGGUGUGGUCCCACAACCAAAUGGUCGUUGGGGCGCACAAAUCUAUGAAAAGCAUCAGAGGGUAUGGUUAGGCACAUUCAACGAGGAAAAUGAAGCCGCUAGGGCUUAUGACAUCGCGGCCCAGAGAUUCAGGGGCCGCGACGCUGUAACUAAUUUCAAACCCUUGCUUGAGAAUCAAGAAAGCGAUGACAUGGAAAUCGCUUUCUUGAAUUCACAUUCCAAGGCGGAGAUCGUUGACAUGUUACGUAAACAUACGUAUAUCGAUGAGUUGGAACAAAGCAAGAGAUUGUUUGGAUUUACUAAAGACGGUAUGAUAAAAAGGAAAGAUGGACUAGUAAUUAGUUCGUUCUUUGGUAGUACAAAUGAUAAAGUCAAUUGCAAAGCGCGUGAACAGCUAUUUGAAAAAGUUGUUACACCAAGUGACGUUGGGAAACUUAAUAGGCUUGUGAUACCAAAACAACAUGCUGAAAAACAUUUUCCAUUACAAAAUGGAAAUAAUUCUAAAGGGGUUUUGUUGAAUUUCGAAGAUUUAAAUGGUAAAGUAUGGAGAUUUAGGUAUUCGUAUUGGAAUAGUAGUCAAAGUUAUGUUCUAACAAAAGGAUGGAGUCGUUUCGUUAAGGAAAAAAACUUGAAGGCCGGUGAUAUUGUGAGUUUUCAACGAUCUACAAGUGGAGAUAAACAAUUAUAUAUCGAUUUUAAGGCUAAAAAUGUGGGGAAUACUAGUAUGGUUGUUACGAAUCAAGUUCAGGCUCAGGUUCAAGUUCCACUGGUACAAAUGGUGAGAUUGUUCGGAGUUAAUAUAUGCAAGGUACCCGCGAAUGUAAGUAAUGUUGUUAUCGAUAACAAUAACAAUAACAAUAAUAAUAACAUGACUAGUUGGGGUGGGGGCAAAAGGAGGAUGGAGAUGGAAUUGUUGACAUUUGAGUCAUGUAGAAAGAAACAAAGGGUUAUUAUUGAUGCUUUGUAACAUGAUGUAGUAGUAGUAACUUUUCACUUUUUUGUUUUUGUAAUUCUUUUUUUUUUGUUACUUUUCAAGUUUUUUUUUUUUUUACUUUUAGAAGUUGCAAGGUGCAAAAAGACUUUCAAUUGUAUAUUAGUAUUUUAGAGAAGAAGAAAUGGCUCAAAAGUGAGCUAUCAUAGGUGAUAUGAAAAACAAAGAUGGAAAUGAAAAAAAAACAAGAAAUGUGAAUCUCUUCUUUUC